GUCUGGUCGCACGCUAUAACGUAGAACUUCGGUCACUGCACAUUGUAAGAGGGGUCAACUGAAAGGCACCACAACGCACACACAGCCAUGGAAGCUCUGCUUGGGGCUCGACUAACCCUUAUUCUCUCCAUUUUCGUAUUUCUCUCACUUAUCACAACGUCCUCCUCUCAACAGAUCCAAAUCCUCAACGCUGAGCGCAGAAUCGACCUGACUUCACAUAUUGUUACGGUCUUCUUGACUUUGAAGGUCGAGAAUGAUGGGACAGCUCCUGCCACUGAGGUUCUUCUUGCUUUCCCACCUACUCAGGCUGAUCAUUUAGCAGUUGUCAAAGCACAAGCGGCUGCAGGAAAGCGGAAGAAGCGAACUUAUGUGCCUCUUGAUGUAAAGCCAACAGAGCUACCUGAUGCACCUAAUGGAACUAAAUAUUUUAUCAUAUCUUUGGUCAAUCCAUUAAAUUCAGGUGAGACUGCAACCCUCGAAGUGUUUUACAUCUUAACCCAUUCUUUGGAACCUUUUCCAGCCGAGAUAAGCCAAUCAGAACCACAGUUCGUGUACUACCAUGAUAGUGCUAUAAUAUUGUCACCGUACCAUAUUAAGCAGCAAACAACUUUUAUCAAGACACCAACAGCAAAAAUGGAAUCAUUCACAAGAGUUGAACCCACUAACCGAGCCAGUACAGAGCUGAAAUAUGGGCCAUAUGAAGAUCGUCCUCCAUAUUCAUUUUCUCCAAUAAUUGUUCAUUUUGAGAAUAACAAUCCAUUUGCUGUCGUUGAGGAGCUUGUACGUGAAGUGGAAAUAUCUCACUGGGGCAACCUUCAGAUAACAGAACACUACAAGUUGGUUCAUGCCGGUGCUCGACACAAAGGCAUCUUUUCAAGGGUUGAAUAUCAAUCUAGGCCAUCUCUUAGUGGUGUAUCUUCAUUCAAACACCUUUUAGCAAUACUCCCACCUAGGGUGCAUUCUGUCUACUACCGAGAUGAAAUAGGGAACAUUUCAUCAUCUCACUUGCGUACAGAUUAUCGGAAGUCAGAACUUGAAAUUGAACCGCGAUAUCCUUUAUUUGGAGGUUGGAAAUCUACUUUUGUCAUUGGGUAUGGAGUACCAGUGCAAGAUUUCCUUUUCGAGUCUUCAGAUGGCAAGCGUUACCUCAACUUCAGCUUUGGCUGUCCUCUUGCAGAGACUGUUGUGGACAAGUUGACCAUCAAAGUUGUGCUGCCAGAGGGAUCCAAAGACCCUUCAGCUGUGGCUCCUUUUCCAGUAGAGCAACACUUGGAGACCAAAUAUUCAUACCUUGACGUUGUUGGGAGGACUGUGCUGGUUCUGGAAAAGAAAAAUGUAGUUCCUGAACACAACUCUGCUUUCCAGGUGUAUUACACUUUUAACCAAAUCUUCAUGCUAGCAGAACCAUUGAUGUUGGUAUCUGUAUUUUUCUUCUUUUUUGUGGCUUGUGUGGCUUCCUUGCACAUUGAUCUUUCCAUAUCCAAGCGAUGAACUCCCCCCGCCCCUGCCAAUCAUUAUGCCAAUGUGAGAUUUCAGUGAUUUAUUAGCAAUGGAUUAGAUUUUUGAGUCGAUGACAAUGAUAUAGUCUUUAUGUAAACUGGAACUCAGAAUGAUGUUGAGUUUAACUUGGUCAACACAGAACAGAGACUGAAAAAAGGUCAGGACCUCAGAAUGAUCAUUCUUCGGAUAAUUACAAAAAUUUUGUUAUGUUUC